UUUGACAUUAUAUGCAACCUGUGUUUGAGAAGCUAAAUAUUAGAUCAGUAAAUGCCUACCUAGUACCAACUAUAUGCACAGCACUGAGGUAAGAGCUUUGAAAAAAUGGUUAAAAUAUUGAGAAAUGGAUGAUAACCAAGAUGAAUGGGGUGUCAAUCUUCCUAGAGUAUUCUUAACUUUCUACCUUAAAACUACCUUAUAAAUAAAACCAUUUAAUAAUGACACCUUUUAGUUACAGCAAUAAAUGAACUUCUUUCUCAUAAGAUCAAAGACUGAAAUCUCUACUAAAUUUUUCAGUGACUUCCACUAUCAGCUAAAUAAACAAAUUUUAUCUUAGGCUGGUAUUCUAGACUCUCUAAAAUCUGAUAGAUCUGAUACGCAAAGCCUCAUCUGAUACUACUUCCCAUGAAAUAUUAAAGUGUCAAUCACAAACUUCUCACUGUUCUCCACACAUAUGACUAGGUUUUCUAACUCUGUAUCUUUCACUCAGCCUAGAAGGACUUUCUCUUGUACAUCUACGUGUCGGAACUCUACUGAACACCUCAAAGUCAGCUUGAGGAAGCUGUCUUCCUCGAUCCUUUGAUCUUCAAACUCACACAGGAUUUCACUGCAGUUUUCCCAUAGAGCUUAUCACAUGAAUCUGUACUACGGUUAUGUGUACCUUACUUCUUGAUCUGCGAGCUCCUUAAUAGAAGAACUUAACUCUCAACUACCUCUGUAUUCCUGUAAUAUUCAGCAGAGUCUGGGAUUUGAAGAGAGGGAGUACAAUUUGAAAAUCCAUUGUUUCCUAUUGUUUAGAUUUACCUCAAUUUUAAAAAUCUUAUUGAUAUUGGGUAUUUAUAUUAUUUAAAGCCCUUCUGUACUCUUAAAUAAUAAAUGAUUAAAAAUUCAGCCAGUUUCUGUGUCCACAGGGUUGUCUGCUUAUAAUAAAUCUCUUGAAGUGGAUAAUAAGGCUAAAAAGUUAUACAUGUUUUUCAGGAUUUUGACACGUACUACCAGUUUGUCCUUUAUAAUAUCUGAUUUUCCUUCCAUAUGAUUGUGGCUAGUUCCUCAUGUCACAGGUAUUGCUUUCUACCAGCUAAACUCAGAGGUCAGGGUGCUUUGGUUAUCUUUUAUGUACUUAAUGUAUACUCAAAGUCUUCAGAAAAUUAGAUACCAUAAUCUAACUCCUAAUAUAUUUGUAUGUCUGCUGAUGUGGGAGAGCUGGGUUUGAUCCCUGAGUGGGGAAGAUCCCCUGGAGGAGGGCAUGGCAACGCACUCCAGCAUUCUUGCCUGGAGAAUUCCAUGGACAGAGGAACCUGGUGGGCUACAGUCCACAGUGUCGCAAAGAGUCGGACAUGACUGACAACCAAGCACACAGCACAUGUUUGCUGAUAGCUCCCUCUGAUUUCACAAACUCUAAAUACUAUAGAGACACAAGCUUGACCUACAAAAGGAAUGAAACUUUCAUAUUUAGCAUGGGGAACCUGCGUAUCUUUUCAAAAUCAUAAAUAAAUAAAUUAUUUCUUUCUAGAGGCAAAAAGGCUAUACACUUUGCCCUAUAAAUUUUAUGUUUGUAUAAAUGCAUAUAGAUCUUCUUAUCCAUUAAGUAUUUAAUACUUCAUUAGAAGAUCAUAUUAAAUAUUUAAUGGAUCAAAAAAAACCCCUAUAUACUACCUCCCAAAAUAAAUGCAGACAAAUAAGUAUGUGUGUUUGAAGAUUUAAAGCUAAAUGGACAAGGAACUAAUUCUAUUUUUACCUUACUUUAACACUGUUCACUGGAUGAUAUAAUCCAACUCACUUUUAAGUGAAUUUACUCAUCAUUUCCUGUCACCCACCCCAAACCUGUUUCUUCUUUGUGUAAUGGCAAAACCGCUUUCCGGACACGGUGGAAAAGUCUCAGUAACCUUCUUCUGCUCUCAUAAUCUCUUUACCACCAGUCUAGUUGGUCACUUAAUCAUCUUAAUGCUAGCUCUUUCUCUGAAAUGUUUUGGCAACGAAGUUUAGCCCUCUGCGUUAGUUUGUUUAUUCAUCCGUUCACUUACCCUUUAUUUUGGUGUUCUCAUCAUAAACUAUGGGAAUACUAUGUUUGGCUCUAAGGAUACGGCCAUAAACAAAAGAGUCAUGACCCUUGUCCUCAUGAAGCUGAAGGGUCUAGUCACCAGAUAAUGUCACCUUUUCUUGAACUAUUACCAUAAUCAUGUUUUCUGCUCUCUUUCCAGUCUCCCUACUCUCCACUUACACUGUACCAAGGCACUGAAAUUACUUUCUCAAUUAUUGGCAGAUCAAUCCUCCAAAGAGGGAGCUCUGAAAGUCUACCACAGAGCUACUGGCUCCCAAAUGAACUCCUCCCUUCCCAGGAUGACUGACACUUCAAACCAUCCAUAAACUGGCCCCAUACAGUCUUAAGUCUAAACACAUUAUUUAAUAUACACCAUGCUUCAAUUAUACCCAGUUGUCUGCUAUUCUAACACACCUUUAAAUUUCAUGCCUUUGGGUCACUUAUCCACAUCUUUGUGCAUUUAAUGUCCUCCGUGACUUCUACUAGCAAAGUCCUAUGCAUCUUUACAGUUCAGAGUCUUCUGUGAAGCUGUUUGAAUCCAAUCAUUUAUAGAUAUUUGAUCAUCCCCCACUCUAUACUCCUAUAGUACUGUUCUAUUUAAUCUCAUUUGGUAAUAAUGUUUUUCACUUGAGUUAAAAUAUAAAUUCUAAGGACAUUAAAAAAAAUUUUAACCAUCAUUUUACUUUCUCAGUACCUAGCUUAAGUCUUUAGAACAAUCUGACCAGCAACAAUAUUAUCAAUAACUAGUAUUAUUUUAAAGUAUAGAAAAAUUGGAAAUAAGCUAAAUUAAAAAACACAAAAAAAACACAUAAAUUAAAAAACUCCUCCUCCUCCGGGAGGAGCCGUCCGCACGCCCCGGCCUGGGGCUGCUUGGCCUUUUCCGCGGAGUAGAGCGGGCUGUGGGUGGAUUCCUGCUCCAGAGCCCUGCCUCAUCUCGGAGAUGCUGCACUUGUGAACGGUCUUCACCAAAGAACAUGGAUGAAAAUGAAACCAACCAGCCCCUGAUGACAAGUAGCCAGUAUCCUAAAGAAGCAGUAAGAAAGCGCCAAAAUUCACGGAAUUCUGGAAGACGUGAUUCUUCUAGGUUUUCCAGGAAGACUUUCAAACUGGAUUACAGACUAGAAGAAGAUGUAACUAAAUCAAAGAAAGGGAAGGAUGGGAGAUUUGUUAACCCUUGGCCAACGUGGAGAAAUCCCUCUAUUCCAAAUGUUCUCAGAUGGCUGAUAAUGGAAAGAGAUCACAGCAGUGUUCCAUGCUCCAAAGAGGAGCUUGAUAAAGAACUCCCGGUGCUGAAGCCAUAUUUUAUUGAUGACCCUGAAGAAGCUGGAGUGAGGGAAGCUGGCUUAAGAGUCACAUGGCUGGGACACGCGACAGUGAUGGUGGAAAUGGACGAGCUCAUCUUGCUCACAGAUGCCGUCUUCAGUGCUCGGGCCUCCCCAUUGCAGCACGUGGGCCCCAAGCGGUUUCGUCGUCCCCCAUGCGCUGUCGCCGAGCUGCCCCGGAUAGACGCGGUCCUUGUCAGCCACAACCACUACGACCACCUGGACUACAAUUCUGUCAUCGCUCUCAAUGAGAGAUUCGGUAACGAGCUGAGAUGGUUUGUGCCUUUGGGGCUCCUGGACUGGAUGCAGAAAUGCGGCCGUGAGAAUGUGAUCGAGCUGGACUGGUGGGAGGAGAACUGUGUCCCCAGACAUGACAAGGUCACCUUUGUGUUCACGCCUUCCCAGCACUGGUGUAAAAGGACUCUGAUGGAUGACAACAAGGUUCUUUGGGACAGCUGGUCUGUCUUGGGGCCUUGGAACCGAUUUUUUUUCACAGGAGAUACUGGUUAUUGCUCUGCUUUUGAAGAGAUAGGAAAAAGAUUUGGCCCUUUUGACCUUGCAGCUAUUCCCAUUGGAGCGUAUGAACCAAGGUGGUUUAUGAAGUACCAGCAUGUAGACCCAGAAGAGGCUGUAAAGAUUCACAUUGAUGUUCAGACAAAGAAGUCUGUGGCAAUUCACUGGGGAACUUUUGCCUUAGCAAAUGAGCAUUAUUUAGAGCCUCCAGUGAAACUGUGUGAAGCUCUAGAAAGGUAGGGACUUAAGACUGAGGAUUUUUUUGUCCUGAAGCAUGGCGAAUCAAGAUACCUUAAUACUGAUGAUGAAGAUGUUGAGUAAUAUGAACAUAAGAGCUUUUCAUGAAAAAGGCAUCAUUUGAUAUACAUGUGAAAAGACGAAGAAAUUCAUGAGUAUUAUGAUUUUCUACAUUUGGAAACAACUUCUGUAGGUUUAUGUUAUCACCUGAUACUAAUAUGAUUGCUGGUCCAUAUAAACAAGAGUUCAGAGGUGGGUCACUAAAAUCCACAUUUGCCAACUCAUUAAAAAAAAAAAAAAAAACACAACAGAUAAAAUUCAACAAUGGAAAAGCAUAGCAUAAUAAGAUCAAAGGUUUUCAAGUCAUGCUGCCUGGGUUCAAAUCCCAGUUUCACUACCUGUUAUACUAAUCUUGGGUGAAUUACUUAACUCCAAGCAAGAAAAUGCUUUUUUUAAAACUAGAUACAAGUAAUGAAAAACAAAAAAAUAUAAUUGUGAACAAAACACAGCAGAAAAUACUCCUAAUUUUUGGUAUACUACUCAAGUUUUGAAAACUUAAGAAUGAAUACUCUGAAAUCUUAAGUCUAGUUACCUGAGAAUAAAGUACUUUUAUUUUGUUAGUAAACACAAACUUAACUAUAUAAAGAGACAAA